ACCAAGACUUUUGGUUCCAUCCUCAUUUCUCUCUCUCUGUUCCACUUCACUCUCUUCUUCUCCCUUCUGCUUCAAUAUCGUCCGUAGCCUUCAAUGGCCGAUAUUCCAGAACCGAGCACUGUGAUAGAGCCUGUGAGUUUGAACCCUGACUCGGAUCUGUCGAAUGGCCGAGCCGAGAUAGACACUUCUGCUCCGUUCGAGUCAGUGAGAGAAGCAGCCACUCGUUUCGGCGGUUUUGGUUUCUGGAAACCUUCUCACAAUAAACUCCCAGAAGCUUCUCAGGAAAAAGUUGAAGAAACUGAUAUCAUUGAACUUAAAGCACAAGCUUCUGAGCUACAGAGAGAACUAAUUGUCAAAGAACGUGAAACAUUAGAGGUGUUGAAGGAGCUUGAGGCGACUAAAGCCACAGUCUUAAAGCUGCAGCAGAGGAAUGAAGUGUAUGAGGAGGAGACGUUGAGAGAAGAAGUUGACAGUCAUAUCAAGCCAGCGGGUGUGGUAUUGAAGGAUUUAAACCAAGCGAAGAUGAAUUUGUGCAAGAUUGCGAGUAUACGCGAAUCUGUGGAGCAGUUGAAGAAGAAGCUGAAUGAGGAAAGAGCUGCUCUUGAGAAGACACGCGAGAGGCUUAUGGAGAAAUCUCUCAAGGUGAUUUCUUUAGAGGAAGAAGAAGUGAGAGUAAGAUUUGCCAAGGAGGGUGAAACUGAUGAGAAAGAUUUAGAGAAUAAUGCGUUGGGAAUGUUGAAUGAGGUUCAAAGAUUGAGCCGUGAAGCUCAAGAGGUGAAGAUAACAGGAGAGAAUGCACAGUCGGAAGUUGUGAAAGCAAUGGCUGAGAUUGAAAGCACAAGAGAUAAGAUUAGAACAGCGAAGAUAAGGUUGGUGGCUGCUAGAAAGAUGAAGGAAGCAGCCAGAGCGGCUGAGGCUGUUGCAAUCGCAGAGAUUGAGGCCGUUACUGGAAGUAUAAAUGUCGAUAAAGCCGAGGCUGUGACUAUCUCUGCUGAAGAGUACGCUGUGCUUGCUUGUAGUGCUAGAGAGGCAGAAGAAGAGGCGAGAAAGCGAGUGGAAUAUGCAAUGGCGAGAGUUGAAGAAGCGAAUGUUUCAAAGAUGAAUGUUCUGAAGAAAGUAGACGAAGCGGCUCAAGAAAUUGAAACCAGCAAGAGGGUGUUGGAGGAAGCUGUUGAAAGAGUUGACGCUGCAAAUGCUUCAAAGAUCGAAGCAGAAGAGGCGCUGCGAAAUUGGCGGUCAGAAAACGGACAGAGGAGAAGACUAUCUUCUUCAGUGAACAACACUUCUAAGUUCAAGAGCAAAAGAGAGUCAACGCGUCUGAUGGAUGUAAACGGUCUGCAUCUGACAUACGAUGUUGUUCACGGGUCAUCAUCUUCUUCAGUCCCUGUCUUGAAGCCAACAAUGUCAAUCGGGCAAAUACUCAGCAAGAAGCUACUUCUUGCAGAGGAUUCAGAUAUGAAUGUUGCUAGUGAGAGAAGAAAAAUGUCACUGGGUCAGAUGCUGGCAAAGAAUAGCAAUAGUGAUAAAACUGUAAGCAAGAGGAGUGAAGGGAAAGAGAACGGGAAAAGGUCGACGACUCGAAAGAGAAAGAGUUUCGGAUUUGCUAAGAUCUCUGUCUUGUUGAACAAAGAGAGCAAGAAUAAGAAGAAGAAGAAAAAGAUAGCUUUGAACUUAAGGUGAUAAUUUGAAUUAGUGUUUUGACUUCUUGUUUCUGUUUUGGUACGUGAACCAGUAGUUUAAGGAAACAAAGUGUAUCAUCAAGUGCUUUUUUAUAAUGCUAAUCUAGGCUAAUUAAUCCAAGAUUUCCAG